AGGCGAGAUCCAAUCUGCACCCCACGAAAGAAAAGAUUCUUCCCCGCCGGCCUCGCUCUCCCAUCCGUCUCGCUCGUUCCUCUCCCAGCCAGAGCAAGCUAGCAGGCAUAUAGCCCACCACCACAUGCCGCAGGGGUCCCUCCCCCGCGUCGAGCUAAUUGAGUGGGAGCUAGAAAAACCCAGAGGACGGACGAGCAGCGAGCGACUCGGCAGCGAGCGCCGCGCGAGCUCCGUCCUGUGUGCGGCGUGUGUGUGUGUGUGUGUGUCUGCGCUAGAGGGUGAACGGGAUGGAUCACCUUCGUCAAUAAUUGCAGUACGAACACGCAAAUCCCUAGCUUAUUAAGAGCUCUCGCUGUCGUUAGCUACUGCCUACUGCUGGUAGCGAGAGAAAUCAGCACAAGGGUUUGCUGAGGAGGAAUCGUCGAUUUGGAGAGGAAAGCAGCCUGCUGCGUGGGCGUGACUGAUCGAUCGAGAGAGAUCAGACCACCAUGGGCCGCGGGAAGGUGGUGCUGCAGCGGAUCGAGAACAAGAUCAGCCGGCAGGUGACCUUCGCCAAGCGCCGGAACGGCCUGCUCAAGAAGGCCUACGAGCUCUCCAUCCUCUGCGACGCCGAGGUCGCGCUCGUCCUCUUCUCCCACGCCGGCCGCCUCUACCAGUUCUCAUCCUCCUCCAAUCUGCUUAAGACUCUAGAGCGAUACCAGAGGUACAUCUAUGCUUCAGCUGAUGCUGCAGUGCCAUCUAGCGAUGAGAUGCAGAAUAACUAUCAAGAAUAUGUGAACCUGAAGGCACGAGUUGAGGUUUUACAACACUCACAAAGGAAUCUUCUUGGUGAAGAUCUGGCUCCACUUAGCCCUAGUGAACUUGACCAGCUUGAGAGUCAAGUAGACAAGACCUUGAAGCAAAUAAGAUCAAGAAAGACUCAAGUGUUACUUGAUGAACUUUGCGACUUAAAGAGAAAGGAACAAAUGCUGCAAGAUGCAAACAGGGUUCUGAAAAGGAAGCUGGACGAGUUUGAGGCAGAGGCUGCUUCUCCCCCGCAGCUAGCGUGGCAAGACGGGGGCGGCAUGUUGUCCCAUGACCCUCCACAGCCAGAACAUUUCUUCCAGGCUCUGGAGAGCAACCCAUCUCUGCAACCUACAUACCAUACGAUGGACAUGAACCAGCAGCCAGUGCCAUCGCCGGGCAGCUGCUACCCUCCUGAUUGGAUGGCUUAGCCAGUGCUUGAUUCCAUUGCCUUGAGAAGUGCCGUGUCCUUCAGAGAUCACUACGAGUUCUGUUGCUGCUUUUCCCUGCCCCUUCGCUGCUAUGCAAUGCUUACCGAACUGUCCAAAUGACCACAUGGUCAUAUAUAGGUUAUUGUCGUCUUUAUCUUCUGUUGAUCACGUCCUGCUCAGCUGCUUUGGCGCCGUGCAAAAUGGCUUGGCGAUGCACGCUGGAAUGGGCUGAAUUGAUUAUGUUUCGGGAGUAUAAAUCGCUUAACAAUAAGCAUUGGCAUGCGGCAUGCCCCUCUGUUUCAAAUACAAGUAUACACCUUACUAUUA